AUGCACAAAGAAUCAUAUUUGGUUCCUUUUUAAAGGAUGGGGAUAUAUACUACUUUUCUUUUUUAAAAACACUUGCUUUCUUUCUUCUAUGCAUCUCUGCCUUUUUGGUUUUCUUCUCUGCUGGAACAGGGUGCUUCAUACAAUUCCUAAUUUUUGAAAAAAGUUAAAGGAGAAAAAGGCUCUUCCAUUACUUCCUCCUCCACUUCUUGAUACUUACAUUUUGCUCUAUCUGAUGCUUUGGAGUUCUUUGGGUUGUUUGAUGGUGAAGUGUUUUUAUACGUAUGGUGUUCUUGAAAGAGGGGAAGCUUAGAUUUGGCUGAUUGUUUGUCCCAGAUAAAAGAAACGAAAGUAUUCAAGUGGGAUUUUGAGUAGAGCUCUGUUUGGCUAAUGGGUUGUGCUAAUUGGAAUUUGUUCAUGAAGAUCCUAAUUGGGCUGCUCUUGGUUUCCAUCAACCCUUUUUGCUUUGGAGAUACUGACCUUCGCGAUGUUGCUGCAAUCAAUGCAUUAUUUAUUUCUCUUGGGUACCCUCCUUUGCGAGGAUGGAUUCUUGUGGGAGGUGAUCCAUGUGGGGAGAAGUGGCAAGGGGUUGAAUGUGUAUUCUCAAAUAUAACAGCUUUACAACUAAGUGGAUUGAAUUUAGGAGGAGAGCUAGGCACUAGCUUGGACCAAUUCGAGUCAAUAAUAUCAAUGGAUCUUAGCAACAAUCAUAUUGGAGGGAAUAUUCCAUCUACACUGCCCCCUACACUGAGAAGUCUUUCUUUAUCAGCAAAUCAAUUCACUGGAAGCAUCCCCCCUGCACUGGCCUCGCUAACACAACUAAUGGACCUGUCACUAAAUAAUAACCUUCUUACCGGGGCAAUACCUGAUGUCUUCCAGCUGCUUAAUGGCUUGAAUAACUUGGAUAUGUCAAACAACAACUUGAGUGGUCAGCUGCCUCCUUCGGUGGCUGAUUUGUUAUCCCUUACUACAUUACACUUGCAGAACAAUCAACUUUCUGGGAUGCUUGACGCUCUACAGGAUCUUCCGUUAUCAGACUUGAAUAUAGAGAACAACCUAUUUUCUGGACCUAUACCUGCAAAGUUGUUGGGCAUUCCAAAUUUCAGAAAAGAUGGGAACCCUUUCAAUACUACGAUAAUUCCGUCUGCACCUGCUUUAGCCCCUUCACCAUUUGCUGUUGCGCCAGUUACUGUGGGACCACCAACCAGACAGGCAGGUGCAGGCCAGCCAUUGUGGCCAGGAACUCCUGAAUCAUCAGAUGGAGCAAGGAGUUUUUUCUCUGCUAAGCGGAUCAUUUGGAUUGUUAUUAUUGGCACAGGAAUAUUAGUAGCAUUAGGAUUCUGUCUUCUUGUGUCAAUAUGCUUGAAAAGAAGCAAGCGUCGAGAAGACAACAAGAGUGUUCGUGACAAAGCUGAUAUGGCUUCUAAUUAUAAGCCUAAACCCAUGAAGCCCUCGGUUGAAGGUGUAGACAUGGAGAAAGGUCCAAAGGAGACCACUCUUAAGCCACUUGAUAGAGACAGAAUGAAGGAUAGAAUAAUGGAUUUUACAACCCCAAGGCUACAUGAUAGAAAGGACACAAAUGGGAAAAGAAAAGAUGCCUCUAGUACGAGUUUCCGACGAGACCAUACAGAGAGUUCGAGCAUAAGCAUAGACGACUUCCCUCCACCACCUCCUCCCCCUCCUUUUCCACUCCUUUCAACUCAGGAGAUUGCAAAACCAAUUGUGGCGGCUGAAGUGCCCAGUAAAGUACCUAGAAAACUGAAAACAAGUUCUUUAAAAGUUUUCACAAUCGCGUCACUUCAGCAGUAUACUAAUAGUUUCUCUGAAGAUAAUCUUCUUGGGAGAGGAAUGCUUGGUAGUGUCUAUAGUGCUGAACUUCCAAGUGGAAGGCUUCUGGCUGUUAAGAAACUGGAUGGAUCCUCUUCAACUCAUUGGCAUGAUGAUGAUUUUCACAACCUUGUGUCUAUUAUAUGUCAAAUUCGGCACGAUAACAUUGUGGAGCUUGUGGGAUAUUGUGCUGAGCAUGGACAGUAUCUACUCAUUUAUGAGUACUGCAAAAAUGGCACACUCUAUGACGCACUUCAUGUCGACAAGGAGAUGCAUCAAAAGCUUUCAUGGAAUGUACGUGUGAAGAUUGCACUUGGAGCUGCACGUGCCCUCGAGUAUCUGCAUGAAGCCUGUCAACCGCCUAUCAUGCACCAAAAUUUCAAGUCUGCUAACAUUCUCUUGGACAAUGAGCUAAAACCACGAGUCUCUGACUCUGGCUUAGCUCGGCUGCUGCCUUCAGCUACUCAGUCAUCUGCACGAUUCCUCCCAGCUCAGGGUUAUAGUGCUCCUGAAUUUGAGCUAGGAACUUACACUUACCAAAGUGAUCUUUAUAGCUUCGGAGUCGUAAUGCUAGAGCUUUUGACUGGUCGAAAGUCUUGUGACCGAUCACUGCCUCGAGGAGAACAAUUUCUUGUUCGAUGGGCUGUUUCAAGGCUCCAUGAUAUCGAUGCAUUAUCAAGAAUGGUCGAUCCAUCACUUAAUGGCAUGUAUCCUGUUAAAUCGUUAUCGCGCUUUGCUGAUAUUAUUUCCUCUUGUAUAAUGAGAGAGCCCGAAUUUCGGCCCCCAAUCUCCGAAAUUGUACAGGAACUCUUGCAAAUGUUGUAGAAGAAAGUCAGAAGCUGAAACACUUUAGGAGGAGGAUAGAAGAUUGAACAAAAUGUUGAGCAUCAAAAGUUGUUGGUACCAAAAAGUUGUGGAUGCAUGUUUUUAAUUUUUUUUUUUAAUCAUUGUUUCAUGUGAAUAUUUUUACUCAUUGAUUAGUUCCCCAUCUUUUUUUAAAAAAAAUGCUAAGUUAUAUUCUUACA